AUGGGUAUCAUUCGAUUCGCAGUGAGACUCGGAGUGUUGGGCUUCACGGGUGGCGUGGCCAGUGUAGGCGCGGGCAUGGCCUAUCUCGCGUCUGGCACCACAUUGGUCGACCUGACCAAGAGUGACCCGUGGUUCAAGACCAAGACGUACACGAAGUACAAUCCCAAGAGCAACCCGGCUCUUAUUGAUGAUUGCAUCAAGCGCGUGCCCCUGCGCAAGAUUCGCCCAGACUUGCGGGAUAACGAGGAGGCCUUGACGCUCGAGUUCUGCCGUGGUAUAUGGGGUCGAUGGGGGUUCUGGCCGCAAAGUAAGCUGCAAAAGCGCUACGACGCUCCACCCGGCUCGGAGCACCACAUCUGGACGACCUCGGAGCUGGCCGAGUCCAAGUACGAGGAGGGUCUGCCCAUCGCCAAUCACUUUGAGGUUGUUGAGAACUCGGGCAACCAGAUCGCCAUCCGGUGCGGUGGCUCGCCGCUCCUCAACCCGGGCCUGCGCAACUCGGACGGUCUCAUUCUCAUCAGUGCCCGCAUCGACCGCGAGAAGCAGGAGGCCGUUCUGAGUCUCAAGUCGGCCCUGUUCAACAGCGCCGGCGAGUUCCCGGCUGACGCCGAGCACACGGUGCCGCCCAAGAUUACGUUUCUUCAUGGCUGGUAUGUUAGGAUUCUGGUGCAGGCUGGCUACGGCAAGGUGAAGGCAUAG